CUGGCGCUGCGGGCCGCCCGCGUGCGCGCGCACGCCGCGACGCUGGCCGCGCUGUCCGCCGGCCGCGCGCACGCCGCGCUGCUGGCCGUGCGCGCGGCGGCCGUGCCCGCGGCGCCGCGGCUGCGGGACGCCGGCCUGGAGGAGCUCGGCGACGCGGCUCCGCCCUGGCGCCGCGCCUGUCUCGUCACGCGCCCUCCCGCCCGCUCCUUGCUCGAUUUCGCCGACGAACGCGUUGCGGAGCGUUACAGUUUAACGGAUGACAUCCAGGGAAUCGACGAUUUCUGCCAAAAUUGCACAUUCACUCCGGAGUGGUGCAUCGGCGAUAACGUGACGUGUGCCACGCUCCUGACGAGCGACGAAAUCGAAAGAGACGUGCUCGCCGAGGUGGUGCGCUCGCACAGGCUGCUGGCGCGCGUGGUGCCGCUGGGCGCGCGGCUGGCGGAGCGGGUGGAGCGGGCGGGCGGGCGCGGCGUGCUGGUGUGCGACCGCGCGCCCGAGCUGUCGCCGCUCGCCCGGCUGCAGGCCACGCCCCUCGGCCCGCCGCCCUGCCUCGGCGCGAGCGAUUGCCCCUUCGAACCGCAACGUCUGAUCAAGAUAGCGAACGUGCGAGCUCUGGCGAAGUACCCGAGUGCGCUUCGUACCCUGAUCCGUCUCUCGUUCGGCGCCGAGGACCUGGCCGAUCUCCUCGGCCGCGCUCGUCGAGUCGGACCCGAGGAGGCGGCUCGGACGUACGUCGACGCCCACCCGUCGUCCGCUUCGCUCGGUGAAGUGAGAGUCGCGGUCCUGUUACCCGCGAGCACCGAUCGCGAAGCCUACGAGGCCCACUCGUACGAGAGCGCCGCUAAACUCGUCGAAAGAGAGAUCGAGGACGAACGCACACCGGGAGCGGCGCAUUUCAAGGUGGAGGUGUUCGACGACGGCUGCUCGGCGCCGCGGGCGUACAAGUACCUGACGGACGCGCUCGGCACCGGCGAGUACGGCGCGCUGUCGGCGGUGGCGGGCCCGGCGUGCGGCGCCGCGUUCGCGGACGUGGCGCGCCAGAGCCCGGCGCACGCGCUGCCCGUGCUGGCCUACACGCCGCAGGCGCCGCCGCCGGGCGCCGCCGGGCUGGCGCUGCUGGCCGCCGGCGACGCGCGCCUGCACACGCAGCUGUGGGCGGCGCUGAUGGCGGCGAUGCGCUGGCGGCGGCUGGCCGUGCUCAGCGAGCCGGCCACGCGGGCCGCUCUGGACGUCGUUCGACUUCGAGAUUAUGAAGUCACGCAUUCCGAACUGCCGGACGACGGUGCCGGCGUUCACAUGGAGUUGAUCUCACAGUGGGCGAAGCGAACGGCGGAGGCGAACUCCCGCAUCGUGCACCUGUGCCUGGAGGACGCGCGCUCGGUCCGCGCGGCGCUGUGCGCGGGGCAGCGCGCGGGGCUGGCGGGCGCCGUGUGGCUGCUGCCCGCGCUGCCGGCCGGCUGGCUGGCGCGCGAGCCGCCCUGCCCGCGCGCCGUGCUCGCCGCCGCCGCCGAGGGCCACCUGCGCGCCGCGCCCGCCUGGCGCGCCCGGCCGCGCGCCUGGCCCGCCUGCGUCGGCUGCGCGCCCGGCGCCGCGCUGCUGUACGACGCGCUCAAGCUGUGGGCCGCCGCCCUCGCGCGCCUGCUCGCCGCCGACCCCGCCGCCGUCGACGACCUCCAUCGCCCGGAAAACGUUAGGACCUUGAUCGAGGACGCCACCUCGACCGAAUUCAUCGGUCUCACGGGUCGUUUCAACUGGAGCUCGUCCGACGGAGUGCACGCCCGCGAGACGCCCCUCGUGCUGCAGCAGUGGCAGAACGGCAGCUACGUGACGGUCGGGCGCUGGGAGCGCGGCGCGCUGACGCUGCUGCCGGCGCUGCGCUGGCGCACGGCGGACGGGCGCGCGCCCGACGACGGCGGCGAGCGCUGCGGCCUGCGCGCGCUGGCCGCGCUGCUGCGCUCCGACUGCCGCACCGCCUUCGUGGUGCUGGCCGCGCUGCUGCUGGCGGCGCUGGUGGGCGCGCUGGCCGCGCUGGCGCUGUGCUGCCGCCGCCGCGCCGAGCGCGAGUACCGCGCGCACCUCGAGGCGCUGCGCCUGCGCGCCGUGCGCCCCGGCGGCCUGGACCGCUGGGAGCUGCCGCGCGAGCGCGUCGUCAUCAACCGCAAGCUCGGCACGGGCGCCUUCGGCACCGUGUACGGCGGCCACGCGCUGCUGGCCGAGGACCGCGGCUGGACGGCCGUCGCGGUCAAGACGCUCAAGGCGGGCGCCAGCACCGAGGAGAAGCUCGACUUCCUGUCGGAGGCGGAGGCCAUGAAGCGGUUCGACCACAAGAACGUGGUGCGGCUGCUCGGCGUGGUGACCAAGACGGAGCCCGUGUGCACCGUGAUGGAGUUCAUGCUGUACGGCGACCUGAAGAACUACCUGCUGGCGCGGCGGCACCUGGCGGCGGCGGCGCCGGGCGACGAGGCGGCGGACGAGGUGGCGCCGCGCCGGCUGACGGGCAUGGCGCUGGACGCGGCGCGCGCGCUGGCCUACCUGGCGCAGCUGCGCUACGUGCACCGCGACGUGGCGGCGCGCAACUGCCUGCUGAGCGCGCACCGCGUGCUCAAGCUGGCCGACUUCGGCAUGACGCGCCUCGUGUUCGAGAACGACUACUACCGCUUCAGCCGCAAGGGCAUGCUGCCGGUGCGCUGGAUGGCGCCCGAGAGCCUGGCGCUGGGCGUGUUCUCGCCCGCCUCCGACGUGUGGUCGUUCGGCGUGCUGCUGUACGAGAUCGUCACCUUCGGCUCGCUGCCCUUCCAGGGGCUCAGCAACGCCGAGGUGCUGGCGCGCGUCAAGGCCGGCCGCACGCUGGAGCUGCCGCCGGGCCUCAAGCCGCAGCUGGAGGGGCUGAUCAAGUCGUGCUGGCUGGCGGACUGCAGGGCGCGGCCGACGGCGCCGGAGGUGGCGGCGUGGCUGGCGGACUCGCCGCGGCUGCUGGCGCCGUGCCUGGACGUGCCGCUGGACUCGCUGCCGCUGGACGCCGAGCCCUGGCGCUCCGCCCGCGACCGCGCCGAGGCGCGCUGGGUGUCGUGGGCGGCGCCGGCGUCGGCCGCCACCGACACCACCUACCUCAGCGACGCGCCGGCGCCCGGCGAGGCCGACGCCUUCCUGCCCGAGCCCGCCACGCCGUGACCGCCGCGCCGGCGCCGCCUACCUCAGCGACGCGCCGGCGCCCGGCGAGGCCGACGCCUUCCUGCCCGAGCCCGCCACGCCGUGACCGCCGCGCCGGCGCCGCCUACCUCAGCGACGCGCCGGCGCCCGGCGAGGCCGACGCCUUCCUGCCUGAGCCCGCCGCGCCGUGACCGCCGGAGCCCGCCGCGCCGCGAUACUGCGAUCAUUCCAAUAUUGUUCUAGUCAAC